GCUUUCUCUCCCCCAGCAGCCAGCAACGACAAGCCAGCAGCCAGCCUCAGUCAGUCAGGGAUCGGGAUGCUGCGCGGGUUCCAGCGGUGCUGAUCUAAGCGGCGGCAACAGCACACCACCACCAUCUUCCUUCCUCACUCUCACACACACACACACACACACAAACACACACACGUACGCACACACGCACUCACUCAUUCUAUCACUCGUAAGUCUAGAACGCCCAUCUUAAAGAACGGCAGUCUCAAAUCCGGGGACUCCCCGAGUCCAUCAACUCCAGCUGAAGUUACCAGCAAAAAGAAGAGCGGAUCCGUGUGACGAAACGCCGAGGGCAACUAUAGCUGUCGUCUAAUUCAAGUGCCAACAGCAGCUCACUAGUGCAAUGGGCAAGAAGAAGAAGGACGAGCAGAAAGAGAUCCCGGGUAGUGGUGAUUGCAAAGUAGCCACAGUGGAGGUGGAAGCAUGCGGGGCAAACAAUGGCGGAGGUGGCGGCGGCGGCGACACGGCCACUCUGCCCGUGACGCGACCCCUUAAUCCACAGAGCGGCGAGCCUGCGCAGGAUAACGCCGAGAAGAACAACGCCGCGAACAAGGAGAUGGAGUUGAAGAACGUCCGAUCCACUCCUGCUAAAAAAACGUCCCUGUUCAUAAUAAUGAGCUUUAUCUACGCCAAGCUACUGGUGGUGAUAUGCAUCGCGUACGUGAUAAGCGAGGUGGUAACACACAGGUUGCCACUGUGGUACUACGAGGGUUUCUUCACUUACCUGUACGGCGUGAGCAUCCUCUUCCUGCUCUACGUCUUCUGCUUCCUUCUGCAGGAGAGCGCGUGUUGCACGCGCGCCGAGACACCACCGCCACCUCCAAAGGAGAAGAAAGACAAGAAAGACAAGAAGGAUAAGAAAGACAAGAAAGACAAGAAGGACAAGAAAGACAAGGACAAGAAGGACAAGGAGAAAGACAAGAAAGAGUUUCAGGAACGUUUAUUUCAGGACGCCACGGAUGUGGAAGCUGGCGUUGCCACGCGCGCGGUCAGAAGGCGCAAGACCACCCAGAAUGAUUCCAGCCAUGGCAGCUUCUUCCUGCGGAUUGGUGCUAUUGCUUUCGGCCUGGGCACGAUGGUGUACAACGGACUGGAGUUCGGCACGUUCUUUGAAGUGCCACCAACGUCACCCUGCUAUCAGAUUCUCCAAGGCGUUAACCCCGUUCUCCAGAUGAUCUUUACUUUCAUGCAAAUGUACUUUAUCUUCAUGAAUUCUAGGUUAAACAUCCACCGAUUCAAAGUGAUCGCCCGAUUCGGCCUCAUGCACGUGGUCGCGACGAACGUGUGCGUUUGGAUUCGUACCCUCGUGCUCGAGAGCAUCAAGGAGAUCUCAUCGUACCACCGGAGGCAAGGUCGCGCUGAAGAAGGUAUCCUCGCGAGCAUAAGGGACCACUCGAUCCGUCACGCGGGCAGCUUCCUCGGCGAGCUGCCGCGCGAUCCAGCGAUGAACUUGCGCAUGUCGACCCCUUACCCCGGCAAAUUCGUACGCACCGUGGCAACGACCGCAUCGAGCCUGGCGCGAAUGGCGCGCACCACCGUGAGACCGGUAGCUCGCGCGGUGACCCUGGGCACUUCGAGCAGCAGCUCCGAGUGGCCGGUGUCGUCGGCGUACCCAUCGUCGACCACCACGACGACCACGACGACGACAAUGGCGACGACCCCGACCGAAGCAGCGUCGGCGAGCCCAUCGACGGCAGCCACGACGCUGUCGACUUUCCUUACCACCCUCCUGCCGACGAGGAAGGACGUAAUCACCUCGCCAGCGAGCACCGAAGCCGUGGCAACGCUCGCCGACGGUCUGCUCAGCAACAUCGAUCUGCAAUCCGACAGCAAGAAUACCAUUCCACGCUUCCUCGACGCGGCUAAUUCCACUGCGACGAACUUCACCGGUGCAGCUGCCAGUAUGAUCUCGCCACUUUGGAACCCGAGCUUCAAUGCCUACGCCGAAGCGUUGACCCUCACCACCCGCUCGCCGGUGAUGGAUAACAAUACUUGUGGACGUGUCAACAUUAUGGGCAGCAUCGUCAAGGAUUCGGCUCCCUAUCUGUUCCCGUUCAUCAUCGAGUACAGCUUGAUCGGGGCUGCGGUGAUCUACGUCAUGUGGAAGCACAUCGGUAGAUAUCCGAGAUGCCCCCAUCAAGCCGAAGCUGAUCUCGAGCGUAGACUCGAGGCUAUGCUGUCGCGGCGUGCUGUUGCUCUUGCUCAAGCAGAUGAUGAGUCGGCUGUCGAUACGAAUGACGAGUCAGGCAAAGUCGAUAAGCAGGAAGAGGUCAAAGUUGAGGCCAAGACCAGUAAAAAAGUAGCCAAAGGUCAAGGCCGCGUGGACUGCGUGGGAGCAAGCAAGGGAUUAUUCUUCGGCCUGCUACUCCUCGUCGGUGCAUUAAUCUGCCUGAUCCUGUUCUUCGUGCUGAUCCAUCACCCGGAAUUCGGCUUGCUCGCGAUCUACCUGGCGGACGUGUCGCAUUGCGCGCUCAUGGUACUGUCGAUCCUGGCCAUAAUAAUCGGCUUCUUCCGCGUGAAGCAGCUCAAGUUCAAGGCCGAGGAGCAGAGCGACCUCAACGACAUCCUGCUGCGCAUCUCGGCGUUCGGCCUCUUCAUCUACGCCGUGUUCAGCGUGAUCUCCGGCUCGCUCGCCGCCUUCACCCACGAGCCCAAUCUACUCGUGAUGGUCACCGGGCUGCUCGCCGUGUUCCAAGUGGUGCUCCAGCUGCUCUUCAUCGCCGACGUCAGCCGUCGAAGGGUCCACUUGCCCGAGCACGAUCGCAGCAAGCCCGGCCGGCAAAUCGUCACCUUCUUGCUCAUCUGCAACGUGGCCAUGUGGGUGAUCUACACCUUCGAAGCGCAGAAGGUCGCCGCGAACCCCGUGCAAAUCGACUUCUACGGCUACUUGCCGUGGGCGCUCUUGCAGAGGGUCUGCAUACCGCUGUGCAUUUUCCACAGGUUCCACAGCGCCGUCACGCUCGCCGAGAUCUGGAAGACAAGCUACAAGGCGCGUCUCGAGUAAAUCCCCUUGCUUUUGCGCUUUUCUCGCUUGUUUGCCAGUUUGCUACUUUGCUACGUUGCUACUUUGCUACUUUGCUUCCGUUGCCCUUCGUUCGUCUUGGUUCGCUUUUGCGUUUCGCCAUCGCGUCUGUGCGCAACUCCUCCGCGCUGGGCUCAAAGUCCAAAGUCGGCCCUCGCCCACGCGACGGGACACGCGCAAUCGUGCGUUGAGUUUCGCUCCGGCAAACACACUUUGUCGACGCGUUUUCUACUUUUAUACCUCCGCCGGCACUGUCGAGAUAGCUGACGGUUCGAAAGGGCGCACCUUGCAAAAACCAACCUCGAUCGCUCGGUUCACAUGAUUUUUCAAUCGCGCGUUCAACACCCAUCCGAAUCUAUGUGUUCAGUGUCGGUUGCAUCGGCAAACACGAGAGUACAAAAUUCACGUUCGCUCACCCCGAGUCUUCAAAAUGCAAUAGUCCGAUGGUUAAUCGCGUCUAGAGUCUCUAUCUGAAAUUUUUCAUCCGAUUGCGAGUCCGUGGUGAUGACAGCGCGGACGCUGAGUUUCUUUCAAGGGAUAUGAUGGGAGAUACACCGCACGCAUGAGUGUCAAUGGACCCGCACACAAAGGUCCAAAGUAUUAAUCCAAUUGCUGUAGAGCCGACGUCAAGUAGUGACGAAGCCAAGCAAAAACAAAAAAAUAAAAAUAAAAAACGCAAGUAAACGAAAAAUUAAGCGUAGAGGCCGUAGUGGAUUAAAAACAGAAACGAUGUUUUAGAUGAGGAUUCAUCCGCAUUUCACACGAGUUUAGGAGAUAAGUGAAAGAAAGAACUCGUUUUAACGAGGAAUACCAUACACGCAAAACUCAUACUCACUCUCAAAGCAGGAUGUAUUAAUUAAUUAAAACUAAUAAUGUCGCUAUUGAUUAGUGUCUAAAGGCCGGGAUAAUCAAUUUUUUCACUCUCGGCCGCAAAACUCUCUCGAUACUCGAGAAACAGAUAACAUUAAACAUAAGUAAACAGCAACAAAACUGUGUAUUUAUUAACGUCGCUAAUAUGCUGGUGAUAUAAGAGUAAACACUUACACACGCGAUGAUGUAUUUCAAAGGUGUUUUAGGAAAAAAAACGUGUAAUAAUAAUCGUAAAUACCCCCUAAGAAGCCCAUUUUGAAACUUUAUCCUCGGAACUAGAGAGAAAGCACGAAACAGUCAUUUUUUUCCUUCCGAGAUUCUCGAACGUAAAUGCUUCAAUAGAACGAACGACAAAAAAUUAUACACGCUCUCUCGUAGAUAAUAAAAGAAUCGUUCAUCCUUCAUUCGCAUCCAUCUUUUAGCAUAUAGCUUACGAGUCUUUAUCGUACUUACUCUGUAAACGCAGAAAGACAAAUGUGGGCAAGACUCUGAAAUAGGCUACACACAGUAUGUCAUUCGUUAAUGAAUAAAUGAAUUAAUAUUAAAAAAGUACAUUAUAAAUAAUAAUUAUAUUAUACAUAUACGAAGAUGUAAGAACAAAAGAUUGCUAAUGUACGAUUUUAUCGAUUGUCAUGUCGCGAACAAAAGAAAUAUAACGACAGAGGGAAAGUAAUAACCGAAUGUGAGAGUCGAAGGCUGGUAUCGCGUGCGAUAUUUAGGAUGGGAAGAUCCUUGAGGAACGUCACGUCGACAUAAACGGAAAGACAAAGCAAAACAGAAAUAAUGAUUAUACGAACAUUAUACAUAUACAUACAUUAUUGAGCAAAGAGGAAGAAGUACCCGAAGCGGCGAUGCGAUAUUGAUAAAGGGAGAUGAAUACGAUAUACAAAGAUAAUAUAAAUAUAUAUUAUAAUUAUUAUGUGAAUGGUAUAAUUGUAUUGACUUAUUAAAUAUGUGUGUAGAACGAUUGGCGAUAGCAUGAGUGUGCAGUUAAUAACGAUGUAAAUAUCAGUGAGUUGUACGAUGAAAUACUGAGUAUGUUUGCGUGUAUUAAUGCAUUUACUUCGUAUAUACGAAAACAAAAAAGAAAAAUAUAUAUUGUUCUCUUUCUUUCUUUAUUAUUAUUAUGAUUACUAUUAUUAUUAUUAUUGACCGCUAUAAUGUGGUGUUUACGUAACUAAGAUUUUUCUCACCACUGUAUUCUCGCAAUUUUACUAUAAUUAUAGAUAAAUACAUUGUAACGAACAAACCUUUUAUUUUCUUUCCGUCGUGGAAGAGCGAUUCAAAUCGUAUUACAUAUAUAUAUAAAUACGCGAAGGUGAAUAAUGAAAAAAUUAAGUAUAGCUUGAUAUAUAAAGAUUUCUUUUUUCCGUUAUAGUGUUUCAGCAAGAAUGAAAGGGAAAAAUAAGAAAUACUUAAACGCAGGAUAAAUCAAUAUAAUAAGCGAUCGUUCAAACGCCAAAUCAUUAUACCGAUUGUUCGUUAAAUUGAACAAGGCACUGCCACACCGGACCAAAAAGAAAAACUUGAGAACAAACAAACAAAAACACAUAGAAAACAGAGAGAAUAAAACACGUCGGUUUUAAAUCCGACCGAUCGAAUGAUAUUACGGUUCCAGUCUAUAAACAUUAACGAUAAAAGCUAAAUUGCCCCCCCUUUUGCGAUAGUUCUCGCGAUCGAGGAGCGCGAAUUGAUAUUGAACAUUGUACUGUGUUGUCGAUACUUGAAGAGCUUUAACGUUGUUUGCCAUCCCUGCCCAUUUUUUAUGGGGGUUACGAUGUUGACGAGCUCAAAUGAUAUGAGAUGGAAUUAACGAAAGGACGAGAGAAUAAAAGAUCAGAGAAAGCUAAGAUGGAAAUUAAAGCAUUCUUGUAUAAGUACACCGAUAUCUUAAAAAAAAAAAGAAAUAAAUAGUAGCUAUAAGCCUAAACGAUUGUAAGGCCGUGGAUUUGCGAGAAUACGGAGAAAGGAUCGCGAGAAUGUUCGCGUUCAAAGUUCAACGACGGACAAUGCGUCAAAUCAAAAAGAAGGAAAAUUUUCGUCGAUUGAUUUUUUACGCCAAAAGAAAAAAAUGAAAGAAUGAUGAAAUAAAAAAAAAAGCUAUUUUUUAAACGACGUUUUAUCGAUAGUUUAGAAUUAUUAUAACGGACGAAUUUCAAUGAGUGAUAUAUACGGAAUAUAUAAAACGAAAACAUGAAGCCAUAAUUGUGAUUUUAGUUGUUCGAUCGAGCGCUCCUUAAUUAUAGGCGAAGUCAUAGGGAUCGAUAAGAUAAUGCACUUUCUUGAUGAAUUCAGAUUAGACGAUGCACCGCGCACCAUUACGUGACUUUGCUAGUGAAUCUACAAACAAAGCCGAGGAAACAAAAGAAAAAGUAAAACUUAAAGCAUAAUUAUAGAAGGCAAAUCCACGGUCUCGUUAUUUAAACAUUACGUAGAAUGUUUUUGAUGUCUUCGACUAUAAUUAUUCAAGUUUGUACACACACGCACAAGUGACUCUUACACUUUACUGACUUAUACAGUGACACAAUCGAACAUUUAAUGUAAAGGAACAAUUUAAGAAUUUAACAGAAAAAUAAAAACAAGAAAAAACAUGAAAUCCAAGUACGUGUUGUCGAAUAAUCAAGUUCUUUAAGAGUCGAGUAGCAAUUAACAGAAACAAGCAUGUUUAAGUAAACAGAAACAGCAAAAAGUGUAAGCCCAUCAAUCAAUCACCAAUACACACUUGUCGCAUCAUACAUUUGAACUAAGCAUGCCAAACGUACGUAAAAAAAUUUAAUGAAAAUGAUAGAUAAAAAGUAAACAAAUUGUGAACAAAUCCCAUCUCCCCAAAACGCAUUUACCAUUACUCUCGAUUCGUUCAUUCGCCAAUUCAUUGACUGUAAUAAAAUAAACGAAAAGUGAAGAUAAAAACGUGACGUUACGACGUUUCAUUGUAUCCAUUUGAAAUGGCAAGCGCAAAAAUGUCUCAUCCGCGUAUUUGUAACGAUAACGAUGAAAUUGGUUAAUAAAAGUUAUCUAGA